CAUCAACGUCAACAUACUGGCAGCCGACCAUUUAAAUGUUCAAUAUGUCCACAGAGUUUUACAACCAAGGCUAAUAUGAUACGCCAUGAAAACACACAUAACGGUAUAAAACCCUACGAAUGUGAGGUCUGUAAAAAGAAAUUUGGAGAAAAUAAAACAUUAAAGAUUCAUAUGUUAACUCACUCUGGAGAAAAACCUUUCAAAUGUCCAAUAUGUUCUGAAAGUUUUGCCCAGAAAGGAACUCUACAGUAUCACAUCUAUCGGCAUACUGGUCAUAAAGGUUAUUUAUGUUCUGAUUGUGGGAAAUCAUUUAGACAGAAAUCUCAGUUAAAAUGUCACCGUUUACGUCAACACGAGAAAACUCCUACUUUUAACUGUGAUUUCUGUUCCAAUACAUUUUACUCUAAAGGUUAG